AUGGUUCCAGGUUGCUACCUGAUAGCGUUUGUUACAUCCUCCGUGCUGCUGGUUUGCUACAUGCUGUGCGCGUUCGUGCGGUACCGGACCCACCGGCUGCGGCUUCAGCGGGGGGACAAGUCCUUCCUGCCGAGACCGCGGGACCUCCCGCACCCGGGCAACAUGCUGUCUGAGAGCAUGAAGUACUCGGGGAUCCAGAUCGCGUACUUCCUGUGGGGUUACUACAUGCUGCAGCUGAUGCUAUAUCUGGUUACCAUGGUGAUAUCGUACUUCCUGGUGCUGCCGUUGCUAGGUGUGGUUUCUUCAUUUUACCUGCAGCCGCUCUGGACACUGCUCCCCACGGUGGUCCUGUCCCUGCUGGUGAACUAUGUGCAGAUCUUCGUGUCCCGCAAGGCUCUAUUACAGGACCACUGCUACAAGGAUGGGGGCAGCAGAGAGAGAGUGAAGGCUCUGGCACUCGAUAACAGGCGAGUUUACCACAACUUUUCGUACUUCCUGUUCUUCUUCAACAUCCUGCUGGGAUUCUACUCUUGCCUGCUCCGCAUCGUGAAGGGCAUCCUGCUGGGCCUGGUGUUCCUGGCUAGGGUCGACCUCAGCGGCCUGAUGCAAGGCUACCAGCAUUGGGACUUCGGUAAGGUUAUACUCUAA